CUGCCCAAGCCUAUUUCAUCCAAACGUCCCAAAAGUUCCAACAAUCAUCAUCCGUCUACUUAUCAUGUCGCCGCUGUCACCACAGCCCGUACGCUAUUAAAAACACGGCGGUGAUAACUGCCAUGCACAAAAUCAAGACUAAAUAGAUCUUGAAAUGCGGUGAUAGUCUAUGAAGCAAGACCAGAUUUAUUUUCAAUCAACAAAAUUUGACAAAACUCUCUUUGAGGAUAUCAAAUGAGCAAAACUAGUUUACGCACAACAUUUAACGACAUUUCGGACAUCGUACGGGCUAAAAAAUCUACCGCUUAUUCAUCUUUUGAAGCUUCUCUCCAGACUUACAAAUCUUGGUUGACUCCAAGACAGGUCGCUGAUAGUUCUAAGAAUCUUUAGAAUCGUUGUACAGAUAUUAUUUCCGAGAGUUUGUAAUUGACCGCCAGUAUGGCUAACGAAUCGGUUGAUGAGGUAACUAAGGGGUUGUCGGAGUUGACAUUACUGUCGUUUCGCAAAAUAGACGAUAUGAAACGUCUGGUGAGGCAUUUCGUCAAUGUUAUCAACCAUCCCUUAACGCAAGAGAACAAAAUCGUUACAAACUACCUGAAAAACUUGAAUGAAACGCACAAAAGGGUGUUCCUUCAAAAACGGGAAGGGGUUGAAGUAGAAUACAUAUUCACGACUGAAAAAAAGAGCGGAAUACAAAGACAACGCUUUAAUAGUCUCCCUGUGAGUGAAGUACCUGAAUUACUAAAAGCAGAGUUCUUAACUGCUGAAAAUGCUAAACAAGUUCAUAUCUGUAUCGACUGCAAUGUCGAAAUCGAAAUGAACGAUGAGGAGCCUUUGAUGGAGAGUCUUCAGAAACAUUUCAAUUUGGAUGUCCAUAUGCCGAAGAUGAAACGCGAAAGCGUUGAUGUCGCAGAGCCUAUCAUCUUACCGAAUAUGUCUAGAAGACUGUCCGCUAUGGAAUGUGGAGAAACUCCCGCUCAGAGUCUUGAACAGAUCAUACAUUUAGUUAAGCCAAUGGAGAAGUUGGAACGGGCCUUUUUAGCUAAACUAGAAGCAUCGUUGAUCAGGCAUCUUCCGGAUAACUCCGAAGCGAGCAUCGAUGCCGCCGUGAGAUUCUACCAAACUGCUUAUGAUAAAUUAUGCAAAGACGUUGCUUCCAUAGACUUCUCUACUCAAGCCAGUGCGGUAGCACCUAUUAUCAUGAGUAUUAAGGAUAAUGUUUAUCAAAAUUUCGCUGCUGAUGCUAACAAGAACAUCGAUGCCGAUGAAAACGAUCAGACGCAAGAGAAGCCUGUGAAGAAUCAGGUUAAGAAGUACCGUUACUACGGUCCCAUCGAAAAUUUCAUUCUCAAGUUGCUCGGCAAUCAUAAAUUGUUGUCUUUGGUAGAUGACAGAACCGGUAAACUUGCUUUCUUCUGCGUUGCAUGCGAAUAUUACACUCUAAGAUUCCGAUAUGACAGCGUUUUAAACCACGUGUUUAGCGAGACUCAUAUUCACAACUUAUCCUGUAUCUUGCAAGCUGAUAAGCUUAUAUCAUUCGUGAUGGAUGAACGAUCGGUAGAGAAGAUCAAGGAAUUGAAUCGCAAGUUUCUUUACGGGCACGAUAUUUUAGAAGACGCUAACGGGCUUAAGUGUGGCCUUUGUAAAGUUCCAAUAGAUUCGAUUGAAGCGACCACUGUCCAUAUUUUAGACGAGAAUCACUUGGCCCGCCUGUCCGAUAAGUUGUACAGGAGAAUGAGAGCCAACAACCCUGAAGGCUCCAUUCCCGACGAAUGGGGCCCAAAAGAUCUCGACUGGACUAAGUUCCUGGCUAGCGUUGGCAAACCGCAGAAUAAUAGAGACCAUAUAAUCAUCGAGAACUUCAUAAAACCGUCUGGAAAGAUCGCUAACUAUUGCACUUGCUGUGAUAUGACACUGAAAGGUCCCAGACAAGUUUUGUUCAAUCAUAUUAGGCAGAAGAAGCAUUUGAGAAAUGCCGCUCCGUUCAAAUUGGCUAUGCUAUACAAAAAUCAUUGCAGGCCCUCGGAAUAUUACGCGAGCUUCGGCAAUUUCUACGUUUGCACGUUAUGCCCGAAUUAUGUGGCCGUGCCAUCGUUCUCAGCGAUUGUUCAGCAUUUCGAAAGCGUAGAUCACAUCGAAACUCUCGCGAAAAUGAUCCGCUCAGCACUUUAUGCUGAAGCUGUCGACCAGGAGUUGUUAUCUGCCAACAAAAUCACAUCUGCCGACGUUUUUAAAUGUGAGAUAUGCAACAUCACUUUCCAGAAUAACUUUGACGUCGUCAACCACGUCUUAUCGAACAUCGAUCACCAAAAUUCUAUGGCGGAGGCGAAAGUGUUUGCGAAUAAGGGGGACAUUAUAAGCGUCUAUAUGCACGGCAACUAUAUCUUGCACAGCGAAGGUAAUACAUUCAACUGUGUUUCUUGCAAAGAGGUCUUCAAUUCUAUUCGAUCGUUGCUCGCUCAUUUGAUUUACGCUGAUCAUUUCGUUCAGAAACCUUCCUCGGAGUGCGUAUUCCGUUUCUACUUGGAGUUGAAACACAAUAUUAUUAUGUUGACUAGAAAUAAGUAUGUAUAUUAUGAUUUUGGAAAGUUGAAAUGUGGAAUUUGUGAUGCUGAUGUGCCUGAAGGGGAGAAUGCUAAGAAGCACGUUAUUUCCACUCGUCAUCGAGAAUUUAUGGGGGCCAGUUAUGUUAACAUGAACUUGGAUGCGUCUGCUGUAGAGUGAGGAAUGCUUGAACGUUGGCCGCUCCAAAGGGUUUGAAGAAACAGCAUUUAAAUUGACGUUCCACGAAUCAGUUUUUUUUUAUUUAUAUUUUGACACUCAUGGUUCUCAAACAUCACACAUCUUAUAAAUUAGUAACAUAGGUGGAUUUUUUUAAGGUUCUAUGUAGAUUCUCAAACAUAGAUUUUAAAGAAAUCCGCUAACAUACGAGUGUUGACUGAAUAAAUAAAAACUUAUUUGAAGCAUAAAGUUUCUGGGUGUAAGAAUGUGUUGUUUUUAGAUGAAAUAUUAAUUUGACUGUUUACUUGAGGUAUUUUAGAGUAGGAAAGACAUGUCUGCCUGUAAAAUCACACACACAAAACAUACAAACAGCUGUCUCUUCUCUAUGCUUAAAUGGAGGCGUGAUUUUCCUGCUCUGUGUAUAAUAAUAGCUCUAUGAUUCUACUGCAACGAAUAAUACCAUGUUUUAUUUGUUUUAGUCUGUGACUGUACUUUAGGUAUUUUUUUUUAUAAAUAAGUUUUAAUUCCAGAUUUGUUAAAAAUUUUGUAUUAUUUUCUAUGUCAUCCAAAGUAUUUUUUGACCAUAGGCGUGUAUUAUCUUUGUAUUUCUGAAUAACAACUUUACAUAAGAAAUAAGUUUUUUAAUCGAAUGUUCAAUUUACAUUUUUUUACAUAUAUUUUGAGAAUCACUGGACUUCUACAUAAAACUUGACUGUAUUUUUUUAUCUUGGUGCAAACUUUUGUUAACUUUAUUAUCCAGAAUGGCGGUCGAUCGUUAUACUAUGAAAUUUUAAUAAAUGAAUUAUUUUUUU